UGAAGCCGAGACCUCUUGCCAUGGCUGCACCACCCUCCCUUUCCUACCUUCUCGAGGAGCCUCGCCGACUGCCGCCACCACCACCGCCCCAGGACGGGAUGGAUACAGAGGCGGAGUGGAGGGAUUGGGCGGAGCUGCCACGGGAUGUGUUGCUGGCAGUGCUCAGCAGGCUGGACCACAUCGAGAUUCUCAUGGGGCCCGACAUGGUGUGCAGCCCAUGGCGCAGGGCUGCUACGGACGAGCCCGAGCUGUGGCGCCGCAUCGAUAUGCGCUUUCACUAUGCCGAUGGCUUCUACCUCAACUCCAGGAAAUUGCUUCAGAUGGUGAGAGCUGCCAUGAGGCGUGGUGCGGGUCGGUGCGAGGCCUUCUGGGGUGGGAGCUACGUCACAGAAAGGAUUCUCUCCCUCGUCGGCAACGCGGCGCCAUCAUUGAAGAGCCUUCGACUCAUUGAGUGCCAUGACAUUGUGGACUUGGCCUUCAAGCUAGUGAUCACAAAGUUCCGCAUGCUUGAGGAGUUAGAGCUCUCGAAUUGUAUGCACCGCUUCCCAGAAACACUCGAAGUCGUAGGGGAUGCUUGUCCUCUACUGAAGCGCUUUCGAUUGAGCCAAAGGUCCUUCUACAGUGAAUGCGUAGAUGACAGCGCAGCCAUGGCGAUCGCUAAGAUGCCGGAGUUGCGGUCAUUGCAGCUCACUGCUAAUUCGCUCACCAACAGUGGUUUGGAACUCAUCCUUAAUGGUUGCCCGCUCCUUGAGUCUCUCGAUAUCCGGUCUUGUUACCAUGUUUGCAUGGAUGAUGAAAUGCAAGCAAAGUGUGCUAGGAUCAAGACUCUGAGGCAUCCUGAAGACUCCAUGGAUGAUUAUGACAUGUCGUUUAAUUAUACAAUUCCGAGACCAUGCUGGUCUACUGAACCAAUCGAAUACUCUAUGGGUUGUCAAAGUCCUUACUAGUGUUCAUGGUAUGUACCGGUAGAACAUCCACCCUACAUUUUCUUUGAGAUUCGUGUAACUGUGACUUGCAGUCCAUUUGUAUUUGUUGUAUCCCUUGUGCCUCUCAU